UUACCAUUGUUGUUAUGGUUUUAUUGUCAAUUAUUAAAUAAUAGAUAAAUAAUAAUAAUAAUAAUACAAAUAUCAAACUUUACACUUUGAAAUAUUUAUUACAUCAUUCAAUUUUUACUUAAAAAGAUGAAUCUUAAACAUUUAUUUGUUAGUCACAUAUUAUUAAUAGUGUCUGUAGUAUGUUAUCAUAAUCAACCAGUUUGUUUGGCCGGAGGAGAAGCAGCAAACAGUUUUGAAUUCCCAUUUAUGACAGUCAUAUACCAUAAGACUAUGUCAUGUUCAGGAGCAAUUGUAUCAGAAGAAUGGGUUUUGACAGCAGCUCACUGUUUUUCAAUUAACUAUAUAUUAGGUAUAAGACCUAGCGAUAUUAAAGUAAUAGCAGGCAUAGUAAAUUAUGUUGAACAAACAAAUAAUUCACAAGUCCGACAAGGAGUAGAAGUUCACAUACACCCAAAUUAUAGAGUAAAACGAAUUGCUAAUGAUGACUUAGCUGUCAUUCGUGUCAAACCAUUUCUUAUGACUAUUGCUGUUAAUAUCAUUCAUGUAUCAGAUAGGGGACUUCCAAUAAAUGAUUUCAUAGCAUGUACAGCUGUAGGUUGGGGAGAAGUUGAUAAGCCACCUGGCCGGCAUAAUACAGUCUUACACAAACUUAAAGUAUUUUCUUCAAUGUCUGCCAAAGCAUGUCCAGGUCUUCAAGAUUGGGAGAGGAGAAAGAUAAUUUGCUUACAACAAGAUAAUGGAAAAGGAUUGUGUGACGGUGAUUCUGGUGGUCCACUUAUAUGUCAAGGUGAAUUAUAUGGAAUAGCUCAUCAAGUAUACAAAGAAAUAAAAAAUGAUUAUGAACGGAAAGAUUUAGAGCGUUGUGGGGCGCAUGGUAUCACUCAUACAUAUAUGUUUGUAUGCCCAUACCUAAAUUGGAUACAUCAAUAUAUUUCUACAGUACCAAAUAUGCCAUCAUCAUGUUACUGGAAUAAUGCAAAAUAACAUUACCUCCAGAUAUU